AUGGCAGCUGGUGAAGUGGCCAUAGGAGUGAUCUUUUUAUCACAGGUGGUGUUUGGAAUAUUAGGCAACUCCUUCUUAGCCUACCAUUAUCUGUUGGUUUACAUUAUGGGAUACAGGUUAAGGUUCACAGACUGGAUUUUACAACAUUUGGUUGUAGCCAACUUCUUGACUCUCAUAUGUAAAGGAGUUCCUGAGACAAUAGCAGAUUUUGGUUUGAAAGACUUCCUUGAUGAUUUAGGUUGCAAAUUUCUUCCCUAUCUUCACAGAGUAGGGAGGGGUGUGUCCAUCAGCAGCACCAGCUUCGUGGGAGUCUUUCAGGCCAUCACCAUCAACACUAAGUGCUCAAGAUGGACAAAGGAUAAAGUCAAGUCUCCAUGUUUCAUUGCUUCUUGUGUGUACAUGAGCUGGAUCCUGUCCCUCAUAGCAAACAUCGGUAUUCCUAUGAAUAUGACUGCAAGAUGGAGCCAAAGAAACAUGACAAACCUAAAAGAGUAUGGAUAUUGUGCUGCUGUUUAUGUUGACAAAACUAGUGACAUCCUCUAUGUAGCAUUACUUUCAAGUCCCGAUGUCUUCUUCAUGGGCCUGAUGCUGUGGUCCAGCGUUUCCAUGGUUUACAUCCUCUACAGACACAGGCAGAGAAUGAAACACAUUCAAAGGAGCCACUUGUCCCUCAGGUCCUCCCCUGAGACCAGAGCCACAAAGACCAUUCUGCUCUUGGUGAGCACCUUUGUCUGCUUUUAUGCAGUUUCUUGCCUCUUGCAUGCUAGUUUGACUCUGAUGAAUGAUCCAGGCUGGCUCCUGGUGAACAUGGCUACAAUUGUCUCUGGGUGUUUCCCAACUGUGAGUCCCUUUCUGCUGAUGAUUCAUGACUCCCAUGAAAACCCUUUCUGCUUUGCUCCUGCAAGGAAUAGAAAACAAUAA